UGGAGACCUUUUGUACGAUCUUUUGAGGUACAUCAGGUUUCGAAGUUAGUAGACGCGUCUUGCAGUGUCGAAGUGUAGUGUCUUUUAACGUGAUUGUUAAUAGUUUAAAUUAUAGUGUUAACCGUACGUUCGUAUUAGAAAAAUUCUGUAAACAUGAAGUUGUGGACAUCGCAUCACACUUUCGACCAUCCGUGGGAAACAGUAGUAAAAGCAGCCUGUAGAAAGUAUCCGAAUCCUUUAAAUCCAUCCGUUCGGGGAACCGAUGUCAUCGACAGAAGGAUCAAGAAUGGUAUCCUUUAUUCCCACAGACUGAUCACCACACACUGGACAUUUCCUUCUGGACUAUUUCGGGUGUUCACACGCGACAGACUGUGCUACGCCAGUGAAUGGAGCACGAUUAAUCCGGAAUCGAAAGAAAUGGUGAUAAAAACAGUGAACAUAACGUUGGGUGCGCACGUCUCGGUCGACGAGGUUGUCACGUAUUCACCGCACCCGGAAAACUCGGAUGCAACCCUUCUAACACAACAGGCAGUCAUUUCUGUCCAAGGGGUUCCCCUUAUCGACCAUCUCGAGGGUCUAUUGACGAAGACCAUAGAAGAAAAUGCAAAGAAGGGCCGACUAGCGAUGGAAUGGGUGAUCGCGAAAACGACGGAGAAAACACCGGACAACAAGCUGUACCAAGCGUUUCUCCAGUUCGACGACUGAAAGUAAGGAAAAAAAAUAAGUGAUUCGGCGAGAGCGACCAUUCCCUUCGUUAACGUCUCGGUGCUCAUAUUAUCUAAAUGUACAUUCACGGCACCCGAGGAACUGAAUCAGCAAAUCUUUCUAUUAAUAAUGACUAUAUGUACAGUCGGUAUAGUUAUUCGAACACUGAUUUUGAUCUAAUAAAGUGGAAUCAACGUAGUUGAAUUUUUUAAACGAUUCUAACGGGGAAAUGAAAUUGUUCACGAGUACUUUUUCGAGUAUUAAAUGAUUAAAUAAAUAUUUUCUUAGAGAGAGUCUGAAGACACGCGGUAGUAGUUAUCGACUGAAGCAAGCCGAGGUAUAUUUCGAGGUGAACGUGAACGGUUUAUGGAACAGUGAAAGUGUCGUUUAUUCACAAUUUUACGUGCAUAUAUUACACAUGUGUAAAAAAGUAUGAAGGGGAAAGCUUUGCGUCGUCGAUCUUUUCGCCGAAGUCGCUAUCGUAAAAGAAAAAAGAGAGACGUAACUCUCCGGCAAUGCGAUUGAAACGAUUAAGAAUACAGACAAUAUCAGACAAUAUCGCGAUUUCAAACCAAAGGCUCUUAUUUCUCCAGAGAACAGUUUCUUACGAUAAGCUUUGUAAAAUCAACAUGAUACUUUUUCAACCAACAAGAAAACAAUGUACGAGAAUAGAAGUAUUUACAAAAAGUAUAGCGUAAUAAUGUUCGUAUUAUUUAUGAGAUUUGAAUCUUUGAACAUUUACUAAAGAAAGAGGAAAAAGGAAAAAAAAAACGCACGCUUAUAUUUUACCGAGUUUAAUUUGUAUUUUCUGUAUUAAACCUGUCGAAUACUUUGUAAGAGAUCAUGUUACGUGCUACGUACAAUGAAAGUGUCCUCGAUAUCGGUGCAUAUCUCUUUCGUCGUGCUUCUUCAACUUCAGUUUUGUCGUGCUGAAAAAAUGAGAAAACAAACAGAACAAAAAGAUUCGACGAAGUGUUUCUCCCAUGAUUGUUAAUCGUGCUAGUAUGUGACGAAUUAUUUUAAUAUUCGAUUAUUGCCACGCGAGAGGCUUCUUCUGCAGCACUAUACGGCCGUUAGUUGUAAAUUAGCGAAUGUAUGUGACUUGAAUUAUAAUAAGCUACCGAGGUAGAAAACAAAUAACAAAAAAACAGAAAAGCAAAGGAAAAAGAAAUAAAUACUCCCAAGCAUAUGAUGUAACAAUUAGUGGACAGAUUUUCAUGUAAAUUUCAUACGGCAUACCCGAGCUGCAGUUUGGGUUCUCGUCUACUACCUGACGCUUGUUUGAGUCAGAAACCACGAACAAAUAAAAUAUAUGUACCUUUAAAACAGCACGCUUGCGUUAACGUUUUCUAUGCACGAUUACAAACCGAAUCCAACCUGUAAC